UCAGCGAGACCUGCCGGCAGCAGCAGCAGUAGCAGGACGCAACGCGCACGCCGACCGGGUAGUAGCGCGUGCGAGGUGCGGGCGCGCGCUCUUUCCACCACCUCUCAUUCGCGGUGAAGCCACCGGCUCGUCGUCCAGCGCGCUGCUGCCUUUUCUUGCCGCCGUGCAGUGUAGUAGUCGCGACUGGCGUGGCUGUCAGCUUGCCGGUCGUCCGUCUCCGAGUGGUUUGUGCCGUCGUCGUCCCUUGACUCCCGUCGGCGAUAUCGGGCCGCCCUUGUGUGACCGCAUCGCGCCCGCCUCCUUUCUUCCUCGCGUGGUGUCCUGGGCGCGCGUCGCCGGCGUGGUGGUGAUGCCGCGGUGAUUAGGCGCUUGAUGUGUUGUGCGUGCGGCGCUACCGGCCCAACGUCGUCAUGUUUCCCUACGAGAGCGGCGGCGGUCAGGGCUUUCUCGAGGUCGGCGGCACGCAGGUGCACCAGCUGAUGACGCCGCCCGCCGCCGCCUACCAGCAGCACGGCGGCAUCGUCAACGGCCACCUGCACCAUGCUCAGCACCAGCCGCCGCCGCAACACCAGCACCAGCACCACCAUCAGAUGGUGCGCUAUCAGCCUUACGGGUCGGAAGGCUUCGACCAAGAUUCACCAAGGUACUCCUCUCCGAAGCCACCGGGCCUUUAUGGGGAGCCUUAUUUUAUUGACGGGGGCCAUGGUGGAGGAGGUGACCCUUGGUCCUCAAACCAAAGCCUGCAGCCUUCUUCAUACUCUUACCUGGGGAACCAGACCUCACACCUGCCCUCCACGUCGUCUGCCUUCUCCUCCAUGCACCUCCCUCCUGAAUCAAUGGCAUAUGGUGCAGUGUCUCCAGGCCAGGAGCCCACAGGCCUAAUGCCGACCAGCCUGCCCCCCAUGUCGAGCUUCCGCGGGGCCGGUGCCUCCCCGCUCUACUCCUCACAACAGAACAAUGGCAGCAGCGGCAGUGGUAGCACAGCUGUCGUGGCCGCAGGCAGCACAAACACGGGCACCGUGGCACCCACGUCGGUGCCCACUCCCACAGCGGCCACCGGCGGUAGCGGCACCACGGCUGGCAGCACCAACCAGGGCACCUCCCCGGCACCCACGGUAGCCGAUGCCCUGUCGUCUCGGACGGCGGGCGGACCUAUUGCCGCCUCUGCAAACUCUUCCGCGCACACUCCGUCAGCCUCUUCACAGACGGGGGACACCCUGGGCAAGGCUCUCGCCUCGCAGUUGUAUCCAGCCGACCACCCAGGGAGCAGUUUUUCAUCGACGUCUUCCACACCUGUCAGUUCACCUCCCCCCCUCUGUGCAGUAUCCCAGUGGCCAAGGAAUAAUGCACAGUCAAGCCAACCUCCGUCUGGUUUCCAGGAAGCUACAAUGCACCAGCUGCAGACACGAGGGGUUCUAGAGGAGCGGCUGGAUGAUGCGCUGAGCAUCUUGCGGACUCACGCCGAGGGUGCCUCCCUGGGUCCCGCGCUGGGGCCUGCGCUGGGGCUCACGCCCGGCUCACACUCCAACGGACUUCUGGCUUCCUUAACAGCAGGGCAUCCCUUCUCGCCUGGCAUGCCUACCCUUGAUGCACACGGAGCAAGCCCACCUGCCCUGUCCGACAGUUCUAUGAGGAGCAGGACAUCGCUAACGACUCCCAACAGCCAAAAUCCAACUCAUUAUGUGGAGAGCAGCCCGGGCAUCAAGGUGGAAAAGUGCAAGGAGGCCGCCGACAAACUGGAGCACAGCAAGAUCAGCCCCCCGAACUCCCCGGGUCCCCUGGGCGCCAGCCUGACCACCCCGACUGCCACGUCUUCCUCUGGGGGAGGAAAGUCCAGCAAGAGGUCUCGGAGCCGUUGGCAAGUAGCUGCUGGAAACAAUAGCAACAGCGGCCACGGUGACGCGUUUGCCGGCUCCGGAGAUGAGGACGAACCCCCAGAAGUUAAGGCAGAGCGAGAAAAGGAGAGGAGACAGGCGAACAAUGCGCGGGAAAGGAUACGUGUAAGGGACAUAAACGAGGCGUUCAAGGAGCUGGGCCGAAUGUGCAUGAUGCACCUCAAGACAGACAAGGCCCAGACGAAGCUGAACAUCUUACACCAGGCAGUGGAGGUCAUUACAAGCCUGGAGCAGCAAGUCAGGGAGCGAAAUUUGAACCCCAAGACGGCGUGCCUGAAGAGGCGUGAGGAGGAAAAGAGCGACGAGGGGGCCAAGCUGGGCGCCCACGGCCUGGCCCACCCGGGUCCCGCGCUCGAUGCACUGGCACACCAGAGGCUGGCCUCGCUGCCUGUAAGUACCCUAUGGACCGAGUAUUCGCAACCGAUGGAUGGUGAAACAAGUAACUCAGAAAUGUGAACUUCUCGCGUUACACAGGUUCUCCAGGGUUCUGCCAGGCCUGUUGGCCACACAAGUUCUUCGAUGUUGAAGGAGAGACUUCUUCCAGCUUCCAGUAGAAUGAACGAGCAAAAAAAAGGGGGGGGACAUGUUUUACUCCGCAGCAGCCGAAGAGGAAAGCAGCCACCAUUCUUUCUUCCCGACCAGCACCACCUGUUGUCCUCCUCGUUUUUGGUUCAUUUUAUUUUUCUUCUUUUCCAUUUACUCUUACACGAUGAGAUCCUCGUUCCCUCAUUGUUCAUCACGCCCGUGCCCAAAAAACGCACAGAGAAGCAGGUUUGGCUACUGCACCAGGACUCUUACAACCUGCUUCGUGCUUUUCUUUUUGGACAAGUGGGGGCGGGACUUGCUGUUGCAACUUGUAUACAUACCAUAAUGCAUCUCUCAUCGCAGAUCAGUGCAUUUCAACGUUUCGUGGUGGAGGAAAGCAGCGGCGGCGAGAUUUAAAAGAAAAAUGAGGGCGGCACUUUUCUUUUUCUUUCUUGCGCGCGCAUGCUGUUGUAGAAUCGCUGGCAAUGCUGUAUUUAAAACAAAAUCGAGCGGAGCGGGCGACGCUCCCUUCUACGUGGCUCAAUAAAAACGCACUUUGUAAUUGUUUCCUCCCACUGGGAAGUUUGUCAAAGCACUUGUCUUCUUAUCUUGUUAUGAGAGAGUCUUUAGCUGGUUCGCAUCUGUAUUACCUUUUGCAGAAUAAUUGGUUACUGGAGCGAUAGGCAUGAGCACAUUUGUGGCAACUUCUUGUGGCAGAGAGCCUAACUAGAGAGGACGUAUUCUGCUUAACCUCUGUUGUAAUGCAUCGGUAGUGACCUGACUAACAUUAAAUCUGUUCCCCUCGGCAGCAGCGCUCGCGUAACGCAAAAACAUUUCACACGUGUUGCAUACCUUCUAACUUCUGCCAUUUUUAUCCUAGCAUGCCCAAUCUUUUUACUCCAGUCGUAUUACCACAAGCAAUCUAAAGAUUUUUCAUUUGCACCCAGGGAAAACUUAUUUCAAACAAAUAAGAAAAGUAGUCGCUGACUGGUUUUUCAUACCCAACCGCGUGGAGCAGUGGCCACCAAUUUUAGAGCCAAUGUAACAGCAGCAACAGAAAUUAUGUGCACAUUUCAUCAAUGGAGUUUUUAUGAACAUUAAAUGUUUGAAGAGCUGUUUGUAGCCCUUCUGGUCUUGUUGUCUCUGGAAUGGGUAAAAGAAAUUUUCCCUUGCGGUGCGGAUCAUUCUAGCUGUGACUAUAAAGAGCGAAGCAUGUAUUCUCAGUGACCUAGUAGGUCAUAGUCUGCGAUUCUGUAAUGGACAGCCGACAUCUUUAGUAAUCAAGCAAUUCAUAUGAUAUGUUUCAACAAAUUUCGAUGCGAGAGCGUUAAGGGCCCCAUAUCACGAAAAAUCCCACAUCCACCUUCGUACGUUGUUUCUGCAAAAAGAUUUUCGAACCACUCAUACCCAGGCCCUCCAUGUGGCGCAAGGAAGUUACUGAAAUAAUUGAAUUUCUCAAGCUAAAAUAUGUAGAAAAAUUAUAGCGUACGACUUGCAUACAGCCUACAGACAUGAAAGUGUCGACUUUUAAAAAUUUGACUAGAUGAGAAAACAUAAUUCUGUCUGUUACGCAAAAACUAAAAAAAGAAACCGCCCUUUUUCUACGUUUCUACCACUCAUAUACCGGCCACGGCAUCCGCCAUUUGCGCGUGCCGGCGCACGAGUAUCUCUGAGGCCACAGAGCGGCGCGCCCGGUUUCUUGCAAUACUUCCAGAUGGCGCCCGCCUCCGCCGCAUCACGACUCAUGCAGAAAGCCAAGUUUCAACCAGAAA